AUGGAAGCGUGCCUGGACUAUAGUCCACCGGAACGCUGCUACACGAUGGGCGACCUCGGCCUGCAGAGCCCAGAAGCUCUGUGCGACUUUGCAGUCAGCACACCCUUCCAGUUGCUAAGCGAGGCCUGCGUGGAUGGCAUGAGGGAGGAGCUUUCCAGAGAUGCCGUGCAGAAGAACUGCAAAUUCAGCAACGCCCGGACCCCUUGCACACUGAGGGGGGUCUCCCAGUACUGCCCUCUCAUCAAGGCAGUUUGGAGCAGUCAGGAAGUCACAGCCAUCGUGUCAAGCAUCGCCGGUCUGCGCCUCAAGCCAGUCAUGGACUACGAGCUGGGCGUGCCUGACUCCAGGGGCGAUGAUGUGCUGGUGGACGACUGGCACAAGGACAGCUACCCCUUUGUGGCCAUCGUCAUGCUGACAGACCCCACCGGAGUCCUGGGCGGCGAGACAGCUGUCAAGCAGGGAGACGGCAGCAUCCUGCCCAUCGGCUUCCCCGCUGCCGGCUCCUGUGUGGGGCAGCAAGUGUGGCACUGCGGCCGGCGAUCAGUCAGCGCCAGCUCGCAGCGCAUCACCAUGGUGACAUCAUACAUCCCCGCCGACCCGCUGCUGCCGGACCGCUCCAUGCUGAGGGGGCCGCGCCCCGUCUCCGACUGUUCCCUCCUCUACCACCAGUGGGCGCGCUACCGGCUUCAGUCAACACAGGCGCAGGCUGAGGCACACCUAAAGGCCCUGGAUGCCAAGAGUGAUAGCGCGCUUGGGCCUGAGGACAUCCAGAAAGUGAAGCAGCAGAUGGUGGACAUGGCUAAUUUCUUGAUGACAAGCGCCCACGAGCUGCAGUGA